GUUACUUUACUUCAUCCCCACAAACAGAAGCCUCUAAAUUAUUCAUUUCAUUCAUCCAUUCAGAUCAUCAAACCUAAAUAUAGUCGAAAGGUUUGCUGACACAACACACAUUAAUACCCACUUCUUGUGUCAGCAUCAAACUCAUCAUCAUUCUGUCACUUCCCUCCUCUUGUGCUGUGUUCUGUUCUGUUCUGAGUGGGUUUCAUUAAAAAAGAACCAAAAAUUUCUCUAUCUGUUUGCAGUUGUGUCAGCUGGGGAUUGGUCAAGAAAAACAUUCUCAAAAAAAAUCAAAACAAGGGGAAACGAACUCUUUUUUUUAUCUAAAAACCCAAUCUUUGUUGUAAAGCUCCAAGCUUUGUGUUUUUUGAUAUGGAGUUAGUGCCAUAUUCAGGGGACCCAGAUGGGAAACCGAGUUCUACAACUAUUCCAUGGGAGGACAUGUUUAGAUCAGCCUCAGUUCGUAAGCCUUCGCCAAACCCUCCGCCUCACGCGCCGCCACCUGAAGACCACGCGCCGCCAGCGCCACAGCCGGAGAAGGGAAAGUCCACUGACCCAGUUCAUAAAAACACAUUGUCUGGUGAUCCUCAGGUGAGACUUGCUCUAUACAUAGCCAUGGCUCAUGCUGGUCUUGCUUUCACUAUUUUUAUUCUGUACUUUAUAUGCAAGUUAUUGCAAGAGUAUCUUAGGCCAAUUCAGUGGGCCAUAUUGUGCUCAAUUCCACUGAGAGGUAUUCAACAAGCCCUUGUUGCAUUUUGGAGUGAGCCCUUGAAACUUGGCCUUACUGAGACUGUGCUUGCUAUUCCUGUUGCUAUGUUUAAGGUUUUCAUUGGUACUCUUGUGGAUAUUAAGGAUGUUUGCUUAAAGGUUUUUCUUAAAAGAUCAAAAAGUAAUCGUUCUAUAGGUAAUCGGACUGGAUUUUCGAAGUUACUUAGGUGGCUGGUGUCUUUUGGUGUGUUUGUAAUUGCUUAUGAGAGGAUUGGUGGUUUUGGAUCAUUGGUGAUACUUGGUUUGGGAUUUUUGUUUAGUACUAGAAAUGUCGAUUCAACCAUGUCGGCUGUUUCAUCAUUUAGGUCUAAUAGUUUUAGGCGUAGUCCAGUUAGCGCAUUUUUCACACGAGGCAUAUUGAAAAGGUUGGAAACCAUUGUAGCAAUUGGGUUGAUUGUUGGUAUGAUUGUGGUGUUUUUGAGUGGAAUGAUAUUUUUCUCUUAUAAGAUUGGUUUUGAAGGAAAAGAUGCUGUGAUUUCAAUCAAAUCACAUGUUGAGGAGAGUAAUUAUGCCGAGAGAAUGGGUGUUAAACAGUGGAUGGAGGAGAAUGAUGUGCCCGGAAUGGUGGAUAGAUACACUACCACGGUUUAUGAGACCGUGUCUGAGCAGAUAGAUAGCUUGGCGAUGCAGUACAACUUGACUGAAUUUGUUACGGGGAUUAAGCAUUUCGUGAUAGCACCAUCUGGUAAUUCCUCAGGGAAAUCAACAGCUUUGAUGAGCCCCUCUCCAUAUGCUGAGAAACUUGUGAGUUUAAGGAAGAGGGUUCACAAUCGAGAGUGGGGACCAAUUUAUACAAAACUCAAUGCUAUUAUUCAAGAAUUGACAAUCACUAGGGUGGAUCUAGUUGAGAAGGCAAAAGGGUUCGCUGCCCAAGGAGUGAAUGUGUCACAGCGUUUAUUUGCUAGUAGUGCAUCAGUUUUAGGUGGUAGUGCGAAGCUUAUGUUCUCCAUCGGACAUUCCAUAAUAUCUGGAGCUGCAGAGGUUUUCAAUUUCGUGUCUCAGUUGAUAUUAUUCUUGUGGGUUUUGUAUUAUCUUAUUACGUCCGAAUCUGGUGGAGUAACAGAACAAGUAAUGUGUAUGCUUCCGAUUUCAAAGUCUGCGAGGGUCAGAUGUGUUGAAGUUAUUGAUAAUGCUGUUUCCGGUGUUCUUUUGGCCACAGCCGAAAUUGCAUUUUUUCAGGGAUGUCUUACAUGGCUAUUGUUUAGACUGUACAAAAUACACUUCUUGUAUAUGUCAACCAUCCUUGCUUUGAUCAACCCACUUUUCCCUAUCUUUCCAUCUUGGUUUGCGACAAUACCAGCUGCUGUCCAACUCCUGCUUGAAAGUAGAUAUAUUCAUGCCAUCAUCUUGUCUGUUAUGCAUCUUCUCCUUAUGGAAUAUGGAGCAUCUGAAAUUCAGGAGGAUAUACCCGGUUAUAGCGCAUACCUCACAGGACUCAGCAUAAUUGGUGGAAUGACACUGUUUCCAUCUGCAUUGGAGGGAGCGAUUAUGGGGCCGCUGAUAACGACAGUUGUGAUCGCACUGAAGGAUUUGUAUGCUGAAUUUGUUCUAGGGGAACCAAAGAAAAGGAACUAGGAGAAUGCAGUUUGAGAGCCUGCUUUCUAUUCAUAUUUAUUUGCAACCAUGUGGAGACCUCAUGUACACUAGUUAGAGCUGCUUGGAUCAAGCUACAGAAAUGGUUGCUGAUUAGUACAUGAUUCAAAUUGUUGGCGAUGCUUCUUCCUCAGCAUGGUGUGCUUCAUUAUUAAUUAUUAUUUUUUUAUAUAGUUCUUAUUUAUAUCCAUCACUAGAGUAUGGCUUCCUUUCCCCUUUUUUUUGUAGAGUUUUGAGGGAUAGACUGAAGUUCAGAAGUGUGUUCAGUUUCAAAAUUGUAAAUUCAAUUUGUAAGAAUAAGAAUAUGUUAAGUCCCUAUGUUUGGAACAUAUAGUUUGUGAUCCUUUCAUGUAUGCACUUUGUUUUUAUGUUUCAAUUUG